GGAAAUCCAUUCCACCUUCUGGGCAGCAGGGCCGGCAGUGACCACCAAACGCACCAAACUCCGGCCGCAGUUCCCCCGUCUGCGCCUGCAGAGCUCACCGAGCCCGCGCCAGUGCCUGUAGCGGCCUGGCAGGAUGCAGCCCCCGGGGCACAAGCUGAGACCCACAGCACCCAGCGAGAGGCGCUGGCAGAGGAUACCACUGCCUUGACUGCGCACUCAGAGGAAGAGGCGUCCCGCAUUCGUUUACAGACUGUCCUUCUCAAGGCUGGCAAGAACGGAGUCUUGGAAGAGAUCUUGCAGAACCUAUUCCGCUCUCGCGCGUGCUCUUGUGAGCUGAGCUCGCAACAGCUUGGUCAACCCGGGGAUGGGCAGAAAAUCGGCCCAACUCCGCUUGUAGCGGACGAGCAGACGGAAAGUGGGGGAUUAGGCGAAGGUGAUGCCAGCCAGCUUCGUCAUGUGCGCGAACGGUUGACGAAUGCAUGGACGACCGGUGAGUUGAAGCAGGCGGUGCAGGAGGCUUUGGAGCACAACGGACCAAAGAUCGCAGAGGCGACAGCAGAGCAGAGCAUCCAAUUCCUGCAGGACGAGAUCAAGAUCAUGGCCGAAGAAAGUAAAGUCUUACAUGAGCAGGUUGAUCGAUUAAGCUCCGAGAUGCAGCGACUGCUGCUGACAAAUCAGCAGCUUCUCAACCAGAUCCAAAGCGGAGAAUCUGCGAGCAAGCGCUGA